UAUCUAUCUGCCGUCUUUGGACCCUUGUCCCCUCUCGAUUUGUACUUCAUCUUUGUUGCUUUUCAUCUCUUCACAUUGUCGUUGGCUGCACAACCCCGAAACAAGCACCCAAGUCGCGUCUUUCAAUGAAGAUGCAAUCAAUCAAGCAAACACUCCCAAGUCCGCUGGCACUACUGCUCUUGGUAGCGGCCAUCAUGCUGGGUUGCGGCUCGCUUUACACCGCCGACGCAACCACGGUUUUGAAAGUUGGCGUCCUGACAGACCGCACCGGUCCCGGCCAGUCUACGUCGAUCAUGUACGAGACUGUCUUCAACACAUUCCUGCAAUUCUACAACCUCGGUUAUCUUCGAACUCCGAUGGCCAACUACACUGUCGCGCUCGAGUACCGCGACUUUGGAGGCAACCCCAACAUGGCCCUGUACCAUGCUCAGGAUCUAGCAGCAAACGCUCACGUAGUUGCUGUCAUUGGCGCCGGUGAUAUGAUCUCUGUGGGAGCGGCAGCACUCGUGCUCAACCAGUACGGCAUUCCGCUGCUUGCCUAUUCCGUGACCACCAGCCUCUUGAGUGUCCCGCAAAUCUUCCCGACGUUCUUGCGUACAGUGUCCAACGACCUGCAGCAGGCGCAGUACAUUGCCGAGUUUGUCCUCGACAUGGGCUGGAAUCGCGUCGCGAUUGUGUCGAGCAAUGGCGUGAUGAGCUCUGCCGACUCGAUCUCUGUCGUCUUCCGAGAUUCCGCACUGACUGGCCAUCCCAUCGAGAUUGUGAUGGAGCAGCCAAUCAUUUCCAACGAUUUCAAGCGGCCAGACUUUGAGAUGCAACAACUCAAGGACAGUUCCGCGCGCGUCAUUCUUCUGCUGACGACAGAAGACGACGCCAUCAAUGUGCUGGCCUCGGCAAAUUCGCUUGGCCUGCUUGGCCCAGACUAUGUUUGGAUUGUUCCGGACCUGCCCCUGCACAUCAUUCCCGACAGCCCAUUGUGCGACGGUCUUGAUUCUCUUGCAGUCGACGCGUUUUGUGACUUUUCCGGACUGACGGAAAUGUACAACGCCGGCAACGUCAUUCCUGGCUCCAGCUUGACCUGCGCGGGCUUUGCUGCGUCUUGUCGCUUCUUGAAGCGGGUUCCCUCGGCAGAAGAGCGUCUUUCCCUCAUGAACAACAUGCGCGGCUUGAUUGGCGUUCGCGGUCAAAUUGUUGCGUCGCCUGCCUACGUCGCUGCCAACCAGAUGUUCAUGGCCACCUUUGGUCAGCCGCUGCUCGAGUAUUCGCUUCAUGCGUACGACGCAAUGGACACCAUUGUUCGUGGUCUCGAGAACUUUACAACCACCCUGCACAUGAACGGCAUCGACAACCACAACUUCACCCUGGCGGACGGCCCUGUUCUCAUGGAGAUUAUGCGCGCAGAGACCUUCGUUGGCCUGACGGGUCUCGUGACAUUCUCUGGCGUUGAUCGCAUUUCCAAUUUUGAGAUUUUGAAUUGGGCCGCACCCGACAACGAGACCCUUGCCCCGAGUCUCGAUUACGACGUAGAUGGAACUUUGAUCGAUUUUAGUACGGCAGGCUUCGGUUGGGUGCUGCGCGGCUUGCACUACUACGAGCACGCGCUGCAGCAAACUGCUGGCAGUGAGUUUGAGUGGUACAAUGAAACUCGAGGCAUUGUACCAGCCAGCACGCUAGCCUUUUUCGACAACACUCCGACCAUUCCGCGCGACUACCCUUGCCACGCGCAAUGCAAGCCAGUGCAGCCCGGCAUGCCUUCGAGCGACGGCUGCUCCGGCCCGGGCGCCGAUCAGUGCACCAUUUGCAACAAUGCCAUUUUCAACAACACUUGCGUUGCCGCCUGCCCCAUUGGACACUUUUCCUCGAGCACUGUCAUGGGCCAGCUGUGCUCUGCGUGCCACAACGAAUGCAGCUCUGACGGCUGCAGUGGCCCUGCUGCCAGCCAGUGCGUGACCUGCCUCCACUUUUACGACUCGAGCAGCUUGGCGUGCACCAACACCUGCAUGAAUGGCAAGAUCAAUACGGAGCUGAGCCGCGCCUCGAGCGUCUCGAGCGGUCUGGUUUGCGUGCACAUUGACUCUCUCACGGAUGCCGUGAUUGCCGUCAUUCUGACCUUUACCGGCGUCCUCUUGUUCCUGUGCGGAGUCCUGGUUGUCAUGAUUGUGGUCUUCCGGGACAAGAAGGUGAUGCGCUCUGCAAGCCCGACCUUCUUGCUGCUGAUGGUGUUUGGCACCGCAACGUCGCUCAGUAGCAUCUUCCUGUUGGCUGUGGACAAUCCGACGAAUGACUAUUGCAUGGCCGCCAUGUGGAUUCGUCACAUGGGUUUUGCAAUCGCCUUUGGCGCGCUCUUCCUGAAAACCUACCGCAUUGCUCAAGUGUUCCGGGCCAAGUCCUCUCGCGCGGCACGAGCGCUUCGCGACGACCGCUUGCUGCUCAAGCUGUUCCAGCUGUGCCUGCUCUUUGCCGUUUAUCUCCUGAUCUGGUCGCUGGCCCAUCCCCCGCAAGUUGAGCUGAAAGAGACCCCCUCGCACGAGCAGUUCCACACUUGUGACCGCGACUGGUUCUUCUUUGGCCUGCUUAUCGCCGAGUUGAUGUUGCUGGCCAUGUCGGCGUGGCUGUGCUUUAUUACGCGCAAGGCGCCGUCGGCCUUCAACGAGCUGCGCCAGCAGUCGCUUGCCAUCUACAACUGGACGUUGAUUUUGCUCAUUCUCGAGAUUGUCGUCAACACUGUUGCCAACGAUGACGCGAACGCUGUUUUCGCGCUGAGCUCGCUCGAGCUCUUGCUCACGCAAGGCUUUGCGGUCAUGAUUGUCUUGCUCCCCAAGGCUGUUGCCGUUCUUCGCGGCGAGGGCGACAAGGUCAACACUAGCACUCACCAAGCGGGCUCGGGACCCUCUGGCAAACACUCUGGCACGAAUGGGCAUCACAGCUCAAGCUCUGGUGAAAUCUCUGGUCUUGACUCCAUGUCUGGCGCUGAGGUGAAGGAGCGUCUUGUCGCGGCUGUCAAAGAGACGAAGCGGUUGAUGGCCGAAGUGGAGCAACUCCGCAACGUUGCGGUCGGUAGCGGCAACCGCCACCUUGCGCCCAGCGCCUCCAAGGAAAAGUCUGGCAAGGCCAAGUUUGCGGGCGAGCAGCGUCCGCGAGGCAUGAGCGUUGACACGGGUUAUGGCGGCAGUUUGGGCGGCAGCAUCAUGGGCAUCUCCCCGUCCACGUCGUCUCAGCCGUCCGUCGAGAUUGACAUGCACCAGAUUACUCCACCCACGCCCACGUUGGCGACGACUGUCGAACUCACCGAGGACGACAUGAUGUGAAGAGAAUAAGCUUAACGUUUUACCGCUUUUGUAUUUUUUUUUUUUUGUUUUGUACAUUUUUUUUUUUUUUGAAGUAGCAUGUCGUUGUUCUUAUGGUUUGUAUUUUGUUUUCUCUCUCGUUUUUUUUGCCGAGUAUUUCUCAUUGCUAUACAGUACUGUCUGCUACUUUGUUGUUGUUGUUGUUGUUGUUGCUUUCGUUUU